UGCUACUAAAUAAAUUAAGCUUCGGCUGUAAUUGAAUGGUCUGUGAAUAAGAGAAGAGGGUUUAAUUGAUGUGCGUAAAUAUGGCCAAAUCUGGUACGGUACAAAUUAGGACUGAACCGCUGAAUACUGAGCUAGUUUUAGCGGGAGAAAAUCAGCAACAUGAAGUUUUCGCGCCCAGUGUGGCAAGCAGGCAUUAUAUUGACCCAUUUCUGACAGACAGAUCAUGAGUGCGAUUUCUGGGGAAAGCUUGUUUGUGAUAGUUCGGUGCAUGGAAAAUUGGGGCUUAAAACCGGGAAAAACUACCCAUUUGACCUCGUUGCCUUCACUCUCUUUUGGCCUGUUUUGCCCCAUUCAAUCACCGUCUACAACCAAUGUUAACAAAUGGUCCUAACCCAACGAGUGUGUGCAAACAACAGAGAAAGUGUUCACUGACCGCAGUUGUUAAUUAUUCAAUUUCUCCUCAUUGCCAAUGAGACAACCAGUUGCAUAAUCAGGCUGCUGGAAAAACAUUGCUUGGGGCGGUUUGUCAGAAAGUGCAUUUGCUGUUAGUACGGCGGCUAGAAUGGGGUCCAACUUCUCGUCCCAGGCCAUUUUGAACACGAUGACUAACUUUGUCAGUGGCACGAAGAGGAAGCGAUUGGAGAGUGAGGAGGACGAGCUGAAUAAGGUUAUUGAUAUCGUUUUGCACACCCCGAAAAAAAUCAAGCUGUCAUGCACCGCCAAGUACAUCUACCAGGCCCUUUUCGUCGAGGGCAAGAACUCGGACGUAACAGUGUGUGCUUUGGGGAAAGAGUACUACCUUCAUAGAGUGUAUCUGUGCCAGAGCCCCUAUUUUGGCAGCAUGUUUGGGGGCUCCUGGUUGGAGACUACGCAGAAGUACAUCACAAUUGACGUGGUUGAUCCCGCGAUCACGCAGGACUCAUUGAAGGUGGUUUUCGGGUCGCUGUACGAGGCUGAAGUGGUGCUGAACCCCUUAGAAGUGCUUCCCAUCAUGGCAACCGCCACCAUGUUCCAAUUGGAUGGUUUGAUCGAGCAAUGCACUGAACUGAUGUUGGAAACGAUCAACCCCAAGACAUGCCUGGAUUACUACAAUGCCGCCUGCCUAUACGGAGACAAGAAGCUCGAGGACGCUUGCAUUAGAUGGUUCUUGGUGAACUUGAUGCCUUACUACUACCAGGAGUCUGAUGAAGAUCUGCGUACCAUUCCCGUGUCCCUGAUGGAAACUUUGAUGGCGCAGCCCGACCUCUGCACGAUCCAGACCGAGUGCUCUCUCUAUGUGAUGCUGAAGCAUUGGGUUUAUUUGAUCCACCAUCCCGAGGAAUCCAAACCCACCGCUUCUGCGGUCGCUGAAUAUUUCAGCCAGCGGCCAGAUAAAACGCCGUUUCUGCACACGCCGGAAGGGCGUCAGUUCGUCAACGUGUUCCAGGAACUGCGGAUUCCCAACCUCAUCAACCAUCAUUUGGAUAUCGAGCUGAUUCUUGGCGACAACAUCAUUCCGAAGAGCUGGUUGAACACGGUGGUGAUUCAGCAAUGGGACAACAUGCUGCGAGUGAACCACAACGAGGAUAAGGGGCCUUUGGAGGUCUCGGAAGCGGACUUCCUUAAGCAGAGCGUGCGAUGUGGGCGGAUUGUAUUAACGGCAGAACGGCACGUUUGGCGUUGGACCGGGUUUUACUUCGGCGUUGACCUGCUAGUGGCUCUAGAGAACAACAUGCUGAGCGUGAGGCGCAACCACCGGUCUGAGUUGGAGCAGUUGCUCAGCUUUCAGACCCAGCGGAACGUCGCCGUAUUGUUUCGAGUGGUUCGGUUGAACGAGCAGAAACAAAUCACUUACAGUAAAGAGUCCAACAUCAUGCUUCUGAGCCUCGCCAAAGGCCAAGAAGUGCCAGUGAUGUCCUUUGACAAAGUGGUUUACCCGAUUAUCGUGACUGCAAAUAUGCUCUUCAUCGCGCCGGAAAAGAAAGAGUCUGUGAAGAAAGAUGACUGAUAGUGGGCCGCCAAAGAGCCUAAGAAUUCUCGACAAGGACAGCUGCGGCUGUCCACUUCAGCCGUUUACAUGUGGAUGGCGCAUUCCCUGUUUGGAGCUAAUUGGUUGCACCAAACCUCAAUACCUAGUCACAUCCGUAUAGUUAUAUAGAGUAUUUUUAUGUAUAAAAUGUACAGAAUGUGCACAUACUUAACGCCUGCAGUAUUCAAUCAGUUUCACCGCAGUGCCAUAACCGAUUCAAUUAAUAUGCUUAGACUGGGACUUUUUGCGAACUACUAUUUUAUUCCAAUAGUAGCCUUUAUGUUCUGUGUGUUUUUUCAAAGUUACUUAAGUUAGGUGUAAGUCUAAAUGUAUUUUCUACCACUAACAUUCAGCAAUGUUAAUCAAUAUACAUUUGAUACCA